GCCAGUCUAUUAGAUAUGCCUCUAUACACGGAAGUCAAGAGAGCGGAAGUUGAUUAGAGAAGGCGGAGGAGUGAGAGAUGGCGAAGGAGUGAGAGGGGCGAAAAGGGAAACUACUCGCAAGUAAUCCGGGCCGCUGUGUUUAUCUGCUGUUUGUGAAGCGCCAUCAACAAGAUGACAACACUACAGAAUACAGUAAACACUUCAGCUGAAUAUGCCACCUCACCCAUCCGUGGACCUGGUGAUGGCAUGGAAAUGGAGCAACCGCCCAAAUCUGUUGAAGUAAUCCAAUCCUCGGCCACUCAUGCCCAUCGAAGCCCACACAAGAAAGCUCUUCCUUCGCUAAGUCCUGGAGUUCUUCAACUAGGGAAGAUAAAAAGUGAUACGGCCGUGGAGAUCGAAGCUGUGCGAAUCCUGGUUCCCAAAGCUGCUAUAAACCAUGUAGUUCCUACCAAAAAUGCAAAGACGUCCAAGUCUUCAGGACACCAAAGAGAAACCCUCACUCUGUUAGAUGGAAUUUCGGGUUCUAAAAAAGAGCUUAGAAGUGAAAUAGCAAAGCUCAAGAACUCCGAAAGAAGAUUGCUACAGGAUAAGGAAGGCCUUUCCAAUCAGCUCCAUGUGCAAACAGAGGUCAAUCGGGAGUUGAAGAAGUUACUUGUUGCUUCUGUUGGGGAUGAUCUGCAGUAUCACUUUGAACGCAUGGCACGUGAAAAAAAUCAACUGAUCCUUGAAAAUGAGGCCCUAGGGCGAAAUGUGUCUCAAUUAUCUGAGCAAUUAGAGCGGAUGUCCAUACAGUGUGAUGUUUGGAGGAGCAAAUUCCUAGCAAGCAGAGUCAUGACUGAUGAGCUGACUAAUUCCAGAGCAGUUCUGCAGCGUCAAACCAGGGAUGCACAGAGUGCAAUUCAGGAUCUGUUAAGUGAACGUGACCAGUUUCGCCAAGAAAUGAUUGCUGCAGAGAAAUUGCUGGAGGAGCUGCUAGUUUCUCUGCAGUGGGGAAGGCAGCAAACUUACUAUCCUAGCGCACAGCCUCAUAGUACAGCAGAAUUAGCAGCUGUCAACCACAAACUAGCUAGAGCAGUGACCUCACACCUGCUUGGAAACACUGAUAGCACUAACAGUCCAAAAAAGGGCUCUUUGCUGACAGAAUUCUGCAACACACCUGCUGAGAAAAUGGCUGAAAUGGUUCUGAGAAUGCUGGAUCCCGGCACUUGUACAGAAGCAUCUCCAGAACUUCCUUUUUCUGAGCCUUCACCAUCCUCUUUCCUUUCCUCAAGGAAGAAUAUUGGACGGUUUCACCCAUACACUAGAUAUGAGAACAUAACUUUCAACUGCUGCAAUCACUGCCAGGGAGAAUUGAUAGCACUUUAAAAAAAAAAAAAGACAUUAUGCCUAAUAGCCAGAGAUGUUGUCUCUGAAUAUGCUAACUUUCUUAGUGAUCAGUAUUCACUUUUCUAUCCUUUUUUUCAGAUAGGGUGGGCUUGUGCUAGAAAUAUACUUGUCACACAGCUUUCAGACCUCUUAAAAAAAGUUUGAUAAAAUAACUUUUAUCAGGCUGGGAUCAUAAUGCAAUAAGAGCAACACAAGCUGUUCUCCAAGGCAAAUAAGAAAAUGUUAGAACAGUGUGUGCAUAGGCCCUUAAAUAGAAUUCACAUGCAAACUUUUUUUUCAAGAGAAGGCUGAAGGGGAGUAUUAUAGAAACCCUACCAGCAUCAAGCAUUUGGGUUUUAUUUUUCUGAAGAAGUUCAGAUAACUCGUUUAAGUAUUUAUUUUAAUUUAGAAUGAUAGUGAGUGCUGUGCUUCAGUAUCUUUUAGAAUCUGUUUCUAGUGCUAUUAUAGCAAUUGUUACAUAGCAGGUGAAAAUGUGAGAGCUCAGCAUUCUUACUAUGAUAGAAACUGAUCUUGAAUGAAUUUGGUUAUUGAUUGAGGCAAAAUGAAUUCUGGCAUGCACAAAAAUUGAAGCCAAAGAGUAGCAACAAGCUUCUAGGUCAAACUAUUAGAGGUGAUUCUCAGUGGAUCAUGUAUCUCUACUGAACCAGCUUUUACAGCCUAUAAGUAUUCCUGGUGGACCUUAUAUAAGGACAUAUUUCAUUGGUGCUACUAAAUGUGACAGAACUGCUCUUCUACCUGUACUUUUAGGGAAAUGAGCCUUGAGGAUUCCUUUCUCAUCUUUUAAUUAGGAAAUAGGUAAAAAGGGUCUGCUGCUAUAUGUAAAGGAAGAGGCUUUUCCUUUCAUUUCUGGUACAAUCAGAUUUCUAACAUUUUUGUAUUACACUGAAAUACUAAGCAGAUGUACCUGCUCUGUGUCUGCAUGCAACAACCUAUGUUUGGUUAAUGGAAUGUAUGGAUUGAGACAUGCUGCAGUUUAGGCCUAUUUUGAUCUUGACAAUUUUACAAUAAAUGUUAGCUGCAUAUUUUGCAGGGGGGAAUUUCUACCUCUUCCAAAGCUGGUAUAUGUGAACAUCCUUUGCUAAGUAACUUGACAAUUAAAAUUAACAAUGCA